CUUGGCCACAGCACUUCGUCGUCGUCCGCGCUGAUGGGAUCGUUGGAGUAACACAGAAGGGGAAGGAAAGUUAUUGAUGAGAUUCGCGCGUGCGACCGGUCCUCGCGAUCAUUACGUUUACGAUUAUUUUAUCAGUUCAAAAGUUAUAUCUUGAACGAAUCGAGCGUAGCAACAAGGAGAUAGCUCAGCGAACAAAAUCUAGUUGCUUCUGUCUUCGGACUAGCAGCAGACAAAUUUUUAUUAGGAGUCAAGAUGGCUCUGUGGGCGAAAACACAACAAUUGCCACAAGAUGCGUUGCAACAGGUGCGUUCAGUUUAUGGAGAACACUUUCCAAUAGAAGUUCGUCAUUUCCUGUCAUCUUGGAUAGAAGAACAAAUGUGGACUGAAAUAGAGCCUGAUAAUCCACAAUUCGAACAGUACAUAGCUAAUAUCGUCAUAUCAUUGAUACAAGAAUUAGAAUCUAAAGCAGCAUCUUUAAACACAGAUGAUAUGUUUCUUACGAAGAUAAAACUAAUGGAAGCUGCGAAAAGUUUUCGUCAGAGAUAUACACAUAACCCCACUACACUGUUUAGAAUAAUCAGUCACUGCUUAGGAACAGAAAUGAAGUUGGUAGGUCAAGUAGAAAAUUUAGGAGGAACUUUAAUGAGUGUGGCAGGAGGAAAAGUAGGUUUGAUAAGCGACGCUAUCGCAGAAAUAGCGCAACACGUUGAAUCCUUAAGGCGCAGAACUCAAGAAACUGGUGAAGAUUUGCGAAAAAUGGAACAAGAACAAGAAGCUUUUGCUAUUAGUUAUCACGAGUGUACCAAGCUAAAUGCGCAUCUUCAACAUCUUGCGACCCAGCCACAGAAUCAACAGAAUAUAGAUCUAGAAAAGAAAAUUAGACGGCAAAAGGAACAACAGGAACAACUAUUGAAUCAUAAAGUAACUGGUUUGAUGCAGCUAAGAUUAACAUUAGCCGAUAAACUUAAAGACACCAUUACUAGAUUAAAUAGCUUGCAAUCUAGAGUCUUGGACGAUGAACUUAUUAGGUGGAAAAGGGAUCAACAGUUAGCUGGAAACGGUGCGCCCUUUAAUAAUAAUUUGGACUCUAUUCAAGAAUGGUGUGAAAGUUUAGCUGAAUUGAUCUGGUUAAAUCGUCAGCAAAUUAAAGAGGCUGAACGAUUAAAACAAAAGUUUGCUCUCGAACCACCCGGAAUGCAAGAUAUUCUUCCCACACUGAAUUCGCAGAUUACGCAGCUCCUUAGCUCGCUAGUAACUAGUACGUUUAUCAUAGAAAAGCAGCCGCCACAGGUAAUGAAGACCAAUACUCGCUUCACAAGUACGGUACGUCUUCUUGUGGGAGGAAAGUUGAACGUUCACAUGACGCCUCCUCAAGUAAAAGUCAGCAUUAUUAGCGAGGCUCAAGCAAAUGCUCUUUUAAAGAGCGACAAAAUGUCGAAAAACUCUGAAGCAAGUGGCGAAAUUCUAAACAAUACAGGAACGAUGGAAUACCACCAAGCAACGAGACAACUCUCUGUAAGCUUUCGCAACAUGCAAUUGAAAAAGAUCAAAAGGGCGGAAAAGAAGGGAACAGAAUCGGUAAUGGACGAGAAAUUUUCGCUUCUGUUCCAAUCGCAAUUUAGCGUUGGGGGAGGUGAAUUGGUAUUUCAGGUUUGGACAUUGAGUUUGCCGGUUGUGGUAAUCGUACAUGGGAAUCAAGAGCCUCAUGCGUGGGCCACUGUUACGUGGGACAACGCUUUCGCUGAGCCUGGAAGAGUGCCAUUCGCUGUACCAGACAAGGUUCCGUGGGGCCAGGUAGCCGAAGCGUUGAAUGUUAAAUUUCGAUCAGCAACGGGUCGUUCUUUAACUGAAGACAACCUUCGGUUUCUCGCGGAGAAAGCGUUUCGUGGUGGCAAUGCCGCUGGCCAAGAUUACUCUGGUUUGUUAUUGAGCUGGGCACAGUUUUGCAAAGAGCCAUUGCCCGAGAGGAACUUUACGUUCUGGGAAUGGUUUUACGCUGUAAUGAAACUGACGAGAGAGCAUUUGAGAGGGCCGUGGAUCGACGGUUACAUAUUGGGAUUUGUAAGAAAGAAGCAAGCCGAGGAAAUGCUGGCCAAUUGCGCAUCAGGAACUUUUCUUAUGCGUUUCUCAGAUUCUGAGCUCGGUGGAGUCACCAUUGCGUGGGUUGGAGAUCAAACCGAGGUAUUUAUGCUGCAACCAUUCACGAGCAAGGAUUUUGCGAUCCGUAGUUUGGCGGACCGGGUAUUCGAUCUACAACACUUGCUAUAUCUCUAUCCGGAUUUAUCGAAGGAUCAAGCGUUUUCAAAGUAUUACACACCGUUCACAGAAAAUCAAUCCACGUCGACGAAUGGAUAUGUGAAACCUUUCUUAGUAACGCACAUACCUGGUUGGGGUGGACCGGGCGUUGGUGGUCAGACACCGUCGCACUCGUCCGUAAUUGGGGUAGGCAGUAGCGGUCAGAGUGGUGCGGGUGGUAGUUAUCCUGCAACACCAUCUACCAUGUUCCAAGCGCACAGUCCUGACCCGUCCGUGACGCGUGAUACUCCAUCAGUGGCUUCCAGCUACGCUCCGGGCCUUGGCCAGUCAAGCGUUGGGCGAGCAAACCCGGACCUGGACUAUGUGGAGCUGAUGGGUCACGGUGAGCUGCCCUCGUUCGAUGAAAAUCUCAACUUGGACCACUUUAACGGCUUUAGCUUCUCCGAGCUCAUACACUCGUACAACUCGAAGCCGCAGUAGUAGGUAUGUCGAAAAUAGAUGAUCGCGAUUAUACAUUUCUCAUUUUUACCUACUAUCUACCUUCGUGUCCGUUGCUCGCCUUCGUUUUUCAAUUGUCAGCAAUUUUUGUCGAUCCACCGAAAGAUCACCGAGACGAUCCUGUACACGCGCUUAUCGCUGUUAUUUAAAUGGGGGAGGGAUCGGAACUGGAAAUGGUCUCGUCGUUUUAUCAAACAUCGUUCAUCGACAAUACGUCACAGCACGCGUGUCCCACAAAUUAUCCUCAUCUCAAGUGCAAUAUAGAUCUACAUAGAAUAUGUGUACCCCUUGCUAUCUUCUAUACUCUAUACUCUAUAUCUGUUGCCACAUCUGUUCCUCUCUUUUACGAUCACAUGCACAUGUACACUUGCAACAAACAUCUCUAGACACACACGAACACACACAUGUACGUACACGGAUUAUCCUAAUUUACAAAUCAUCAAAACAAAUGUAUCAGGAAGCGUGAUCGGCGCUACUUGUUGUUUCGUUACGAUUAUAGAAACAAGUAUGCCGUGAACGAUGCUAUUACUAUAUUAUACGAGACAAUGUAGUUGUUUUCCUUUUUAUUUCUAAAUACUUGUUAACGUCGGUCGCACGACGAUAUUUUGAAAAUUUUAAGGCAGUAGAAAGAAUCGUUCCAGAUUGGAUUUACUAAUCAGAAUCGUGUUUUAACUCAACAGCGCGUUAUAAGGUACUCUCUUCUCUUUUACCGAUCAGUUUGCUGUUCGUUGCGUACCAACUCUUUCACUCUUUUAUUCGUUUUAGUUUGUCAAGCUUUGACGUUUUAUUAUAUAGGGCAAAUUAGGAAAACAGUUGCUACAAAAUGGUAAGCGAUGUAUAUUUAUGAUGUAUGCGAUCACGAUGCGAGAAGCACACUGUGUUGUUAUAUAGAAGAAGGGAAAUCGUUCGAUGUUGUUCGUCAAACAACGUCGAUACAUUCUUCUUGUAUAUUGCGACGAAGUAUCAGUGCGCCAAAGGUUUUGUUUGAUCGGAAUGUAAGGUGAGCGAGAGGAGAAUCGAUGACAGUUUCGGGUGCGUCUAGACUCUCUAGCGAUAUCGGGUGAUAAGUGAUAAUAGAAACAGUAUAGUAGGGUGUACUGCGUAUGUUGUGACAAUCAGUUUUGUCUAAUACUGUAAAUAGCGAAGUUACGGGAGAGAGAUUGAUAGAGAGAGAGAAAGAGAGAGAACGAGAGAAAUAUAGAAGUUCUUAAUUUAUCGAUGGAAUGUAUGUGUAACCGAAAAUCUACGAUGCUCGAGAUUUUUGCAACAUCUAUGGAUAGAAUUAUAUGAUAAUGACGUUGUGCAAUUCGUGUGACCUAACUACGUGCCUUACGAUCUUUGAAUUCAUGGUCGUCAUAUUUUUUGAGAAUUCUUACAUAGAAAUUUAUAUAUACGAUAUGUAUACUAUAUAAAAGUCUUUGGUGAAAUACUUUUUGUUUUUCCUCUCCAAAAUGAUUCGGAAACGCGAAGACAGUGCAAUUAUCGGUCAAGCAUAUUUUUAGAUAUCGUUCUUUCGAGAUCUAUUCGAUGAAAUCAUUAUGCUUUCAACUCAACGCGCGUACACCAUUAAUCGUCAUACAAAGAAAAACGAUGAUCGAUUUUCGGAAAUAAAGAUAUCUCUCGUAAGUACAUAUUUAGAUGUUAAACUUAGAGAGCUGUUGUCGUCGGUGCGAGUGUAGAAAAUUACCUGAUCUACAUUCUCCCUCCCCUAUUGUACAUGUACUAUGAAAAACCAGAAAACUAUUGAGUUGUUGCGCAUAUGUAAAACAUCGAUGUACGCUAAUAUUACCUCUUCAGUAGGAUUACCCGCAUCGUUAUCCCAUUAUAUUUACCUUAAAGUUAGUACACAUUUUAGAAUAUACGGUACAUAACUAUGUAUGUAUGUAUGUAUGUAUGUAUGUAUGUACGUAAUAAGCUAGACCUAAAAAGAGCGUAGUACGUUAAUAUUGUCUAUUGAUCUUUUUAUCAAAGAUUAGAGUUUAUUUUAUUAUCGAGAACAAUUUUACUGUUUGUAAAAGAUAAAACAUUUAUUAUUCGUCAUCCUGUAUACUGCAAUCGCUAUAAGAGACUAAAAUCGCUAUAAGAAAUACGUUCGUCUAUCACCAACGUGCCGUAAUAAAAUAUCAUUUAGCUCGA